CAAAAUGCUAGAUUUCGAACAACAGAGUCAAGAGAAAAAAACGAAGACGAAGAAGAAGAAGAAGAAGAAGAAGGAAUGAGAUUUAAGGCACUAUGAUGCAAUGAGUCUUGUUGAUUUUUGUGAAACUGGUGAAAUGGAAGAUGGUCAAUCUGUUGUGAGGAAAUGGGAGGACAUGGACAUCGAUAUUUUGGUGAAGAUAUUCCAAUCAUUUGAUAUCUUUGAGUUGACAUCGGGCAUUGCUCAUGUUUGUAGAGUUUGGCGCAUGGCAGCUUGUGAUCCUUUUCUUUGGAAAACGCUUGAUUUAACGAAGUUGGAAUCCCACUUCAUCAAAAUCCCCUUAGAGCCAUAUGUUUAUGUGUCUGAUCAAUCAGAUAAGUCUUUGACGCGACUGUUAAAGAUUUCAUUAAAUCUUAGCCAAGGGAACAUUCGCUCGUUGAUUUUUCAUUUCAAUCUAUACCUGAAUGAUGAUCAGUUAACUUAUAUUGCUGAAAGGUGCCCUCGGCUCAGACGGCUUGUUCUGCCAGCUUGGAAUCGAAUAAAGAAGAGUGGGAUAUGCAAGGCUAUUCGCAUGUGGAAAGAUCUCGAAUCCCUGACAAUGCCUAGCAUAGAAAAUCCCCCAUACCUGAUGGAGGAAAUUUCUAAGAACUGCAAUAACUUUAGAGAACUCAAAAUCAUGGGCCCUUGUCAUGUUUUCUUUGCUAAUACACUGGUAGCAUUUCUUCCAAGAUUAAAGAUUCUAAGUCUUAGGUGCUCAGUGCUAUUAAAGGAAGCUUUACUCAGUAUCUUGGAAGGGUUGAAACACCUGGAAGUGCUUAACAUAUCACACUGCCUUCUGAUAGACUCCCAGCGCAUGAAUUCCCAGCCACUUCCUCCAAUGAAAAGAGUUAUGAAGGAGCUUGAUGAAAGCAUUCUCAAGGCAGCUUCUAGAUUACGUGAAUUCUUAACAUGCAUGAACGACUCAUGCAUUAUGUGUGAACGGACGAUCAAUGAUGAAGGGCUCAUGAGGUGGUACAAGUAUGAGGAAGGGCUAUGGAAAACAGAUGAGGCGACCUCUCUAGCUCUCUGAUUAGUGCACCUCGGGUUAAAAUGUAGUGAGUUAGAAGGCUUAGUCCAUUUACCCUUUUCCUUUGUGAGCAUAGAAUGUGUAUUUAACUUCCAUGGAAGAUACAGAAUAAAAACUUUGUUCAAGUGCAUGCUGAUUGAUGCCAUUUUGGCAUUAAUUGAAACCAUUUCCUUUUGUUUCACAUGA